AUGUCGUCGUCGUCGUUAAUCGAUCUACUUAAUCUCAUCCAAGAAUAUCUUACUAUUAUACUAGGCAUACUUCUUGUUAUUGGUACUAUUGGAAAUAUUCUUAAUUGUCUUGUAUUUCUUCAUAAAAAACUACGUUAUAAUCCUUGCUCUGUCUUCUUUGUAGCUGCUUCUAUAGCCAAUACCAUUGUUAUGUUCUAUUAUAUAAUACCAACAAUCUAUUCAACUUACAAUUCACCACUUGAAAACUCGAAUCGCAUCUAUUGUAAACUUCGUUUAUAUAUUCGAAAUGUUUUAUUAAGUAUUUCACGAACAUAUUUAACAUUCGCUUGUAUAAGUUGCUAUGCUCAAACAUCAAGAAAUGUUCACAUACGUGAUCUUUGUCACCGAAAAUAUGUUUUACGAAUCAUUCUAUUUGUUCCUAUAAUAUGGUUUAUUAUUCCACUUCAUAUUCCUUUUCUAACCAGUAUUCAAAAUGGCAAAUGUUCAAUGUGGACAAGUGCCGGAGCUCUUUCCCAUGCCAUCUACAUUUGCUUUGUUGCUGCUAUUCUUCCUACUAGUCUCAUGAUAAUAUUCAGUAUUUUGGCAUAUAGAAAUCUACGACAAAUGUUACGUAAUGUUGCUCCAGUACGUAUUUUAAUAUCUAAUGAAGAAGGGGUUUGUCAGAAGAAGGAAAAAAUACGUCUUUAUAAGAAUGAUCGUCAAUUAUGUAAAAUGUUAUUCGUACAGAUAAUUGUUUAUAUGUUCUUUACAAUAUCAUAUCCCAUUGAAAGCAUCUAUUAUGCUGUAACUCUUAUUAUUGGAGAAUCAAAAUCAAUAGAAAGAGUAGCUAUAGAAAAUUUUAUUUUAUUUUUAAUAUCUUCUUUUCUUCUCAGUUGUUACAGUGCAGCAUCAUUUUUCAUUUUUCUUACUUCACAUGCUUUUCGAAAAAGUCUUCGCGAAAUCUUUGCUUCAAUUCUUUCCUUGAUAUGUCAAAAAGAAAUAUAA